AUGGCAGCCGGAAUAAUGCAAUCCAUUGACGAAAAAGUCGAUGAGGAUUUUUUGUUCUUUUUAGAACAUUUUAAAAGAGCUUUUAAUACCUUAAGAUCCCCAAGUGACAAAGAAAUAUGCAGUAAAUGGUUAGACAAACUCGCGAUCGAAACAUAUAAGACUACAAAUGAAAAACAAACACGUAAUAUAUAUUUAUCGCAACUGAUUUUAAAUAUGGAUGGCCGUAAGCUCAGGUCUCCGUUCAACGAACCCCCUAAACCAGAAGCAUUGUCUCUGGAUGGCGUCUUUAAGGAAAUUACUACUAAACCUAGUUUAGAAGCGCAAAAAGAAAAAGAAAUUGAAGAAAACAAAAGUAAAUGGUCCCAAUUUGUUCGAAACCGAGAAAUGGAAAUGAUCGACUUAAAUCAUCUGUCGAACGAUGGACGAACUUACAUAGCGUGCAAAACUUUGGCUGAAAAUUCUGGUUUAUUCGCAUACAUAGCUGUAACGAUGGGUGAUACGAAAAGCGGAUGGGUUAAUACGUGUGGUCAACCGAUACCCGCGCCUCAAGUAAAGCCAUUAGACUUAAAAGUAGACUUGUCUAACGUACAGAAUAAUAAAAGUGGGCAGGAAAACAGAAUGUUUCAAUUAACGGCCCAAAUUAAAUCAAUUUUGCUAAAACGAAAAGCUCCGGAAGUUCGAAUAUUAACUUACGAGUUUUUCAAAAAAGUAUACAGCAGUAUCGAACAAGAAAUGUUGAAAGAAGAUGAUCCUAGCAGUACUGCUUGUCACGAUCCUUACGUCGAGAAGCUGCUCGAAAAACUAAUAAUCGAGAGCAAAGGAUGUGAAAACUUCUACCCACAUCUAUUCAAAAAAAUUAAUAUGCUAUCAACGUUGAAAAAAAGAGUAAAGAAUAUACUACGAGAUAUCGAGGAGCGUAACAACAAACUUUCCGAAAUAGAAGUUGCUUCGACAACUUCAAUACUUACUUUAACCAGUCCGGCAUCCACCUGUUCGAACUCCGUGUCCGAAAUGAUGUGGGAGAGAGCUUUAGCGGAAAAACCCACUAAAGAGGUUACCAAUGCACUAGAUAAGACAUAUCCCGCUUGUUUAGUUCAAAAGUUCUUAUCUAUAUUGGUGAGGGAACGCCAAAAAAUUGUUCUCCGACUUCUGGAAAAACAAGAGAAUCUCAUAGUGGCCAUGAGAAGAGAUCUACAAACCGAAAUAAAACGUGGAAUACAGUACUAUAAGGUUGCCAGGAGAGAAUGGAUGAACGCCAUGCGAGUGAUAAUACAUUACAACAAAAUAAAAGCAAGUCUUACCGAAAAAGGCAAUGUAUGCAAUUCAAACAAAAGUGAUUAUCUAGAUGAUGCGAUUCGCAAGGAAAUCAACGACACUAGAAGACGGCUGGAGAAGAUAAACGGGAAAAACGAUAGGUUACAAGAUGAUAUUUGCGAGUUGAACAAGACAUUACACGAGAUGAUGGAAAAAAUUGAUACGGAACAAGUACAGACCGAAGAUCUGUUGCGUGAUUUUCAAAACGAAAUAAACAGCGAAAAAAAUCUAAUAACGGAAAGGGCUCAAACUAUCGAUCAGUUAGGUGGGAUGUUACAAGCACGGGAAAAAUGUAUUAUUUAA